UUCUGGUAUGAUACCAGGAUCUUCACUUUAGCUUUAAAACUGAAAGACAGUAAAGUUGGUCGGGUCUCAGGGGGUUAAUAAAAAAAGCAUGUUGUGUCAAAUAAAGGCAGGGUGUCAUACUAGCCUACUUUAUGGGUGAGAAUUACAACUCUGCAAUUAUUUAAAGAUCUUUAAUAAAAGACCAUAGUAUUUGAAAAAUAGAAAUCAUACCCAAAACUUUCAGUCAGUCCGAGUCCACCCAAAGAGCACCUGAGUGAGAACCAUCCCUUUAUUUCUAGCACCCUCUGCUGUAACCCUCCAACAUCACAGCUCCAGUCAUACUGAGCAUGAGUCAGAACUCCACGAGGUCAAAGACAGCGUAUCAGCCUUCAUUUAAUAUCCUCAAGACAAACCAGGAAACAGGUUGUUAUUCUGCCUCACUGAGACGACACACACACACACUGAGAGACGGACGAUAAGAUUCACCUUCAGACCAAAACCAGCACUUCCACUGAGAGAGGACAUCUACAGGAGGGAAUACUGGGAAUACUGGAAUACUACCACUUCAACCAGCUGCUGAAUCCACAAACUGAACCAGAGUUUUACAAGAACAAAGACUCAAAGUGAAAGUAACUUUCAGGGAACAGGGAGUGGCUGAGCCGUCUGCCUGCUGUGUUUUCAGCUUCACUCAGAGACUAAAUGGCUUCCAGAUUAGAGGACGAUCUCUGCUGUUCUGUCUGCCACGACGUCUUUAAAGAUCCUGUCAUGCUGUCAUGUAGCCACAGCUUCUGUAAAGUCUGUCUGCAGAGCUGGUGGACAGAGAAACACGUCCAAGAGUGUCCACUUUGUAAGAGAAGAUCUUCAAAGGGCUUACCACCUUCUAACUUGGCUUUAAAGAACCUGUGUGAGAGUUUGUUACAGGAGAGAGCUCAGAGAUCUUCAGAGGCUCUCUGCAGUCUGCACUCUGAGAAACUCAGACUCUUCUGUCUGGAGCAUCAGCAGCCGGUGUGUCUCGUCUGCAGAGAUUCAGAAAAACACAUCAACCACAUAAUCAGACCCAUCGAUGAAGCUGCACGACAACACAAGAAGGAACUUCAGGAAACUCUGGAGCCCUUAAAGGAGAAGUUAAAGGUUUUUGAAGAAGUUAAAGUGAAGUUUGAUCAAACAGCAGAACACAUGAAGGUCCAGGCCCGACACACAGAGAGGCAGAUUAAGGAGCAGUUUAAGAAGCUUCACCAGUUUCUAGAAGAGGAAGAGGAGGCCAGGAUGGCUGCACUGAGGGAGGAAGAGGAGCAGAAGAGUCGGAUGAUGAAGGAGAAGAUGGAGGCUGUGAGCAGAGAGAUAGCAGCUCUUUCAGACACAGUCAGAGCCACAGAGGACGAGCUGAGAGCUGAAGACGUCUCAUUCCUGCUCAACUACAAGGCUGCAGUGGAAAGAGUCCAGCAGCGCCCCCUGCUGGAGGAUCCACAGCUGCCCUCAGGAGCUCUGAUAGACCAGGCCAAACACCUGGGCAACCUGACCUUCAACAUCUGGAACAAGAUGAAGGACUUGGUUUCCUACACUCCUGUGAUUCUGGACCCAAACACUGCUGGUACAGAACUCAUCCUGUCUGAAGAUCUGACCAGUGUGAGACGAGGAGAGAAACAGCAGCUUCCUGAUAAUCCAGAGAGGAUUGAUGGUGACUACUCUGUCCUGGGCUCUGAGGGCUUUAACUCAGGGACUCACAGCUGGGAUGUCCAGGUUGGAGACAGUACAUACUGGGAACUGGGUGUGUUAGCAGAGUCUGUCCAGAGGAAGGGAUACAUACCGUCUGGAUUAUGGAGAAUAUGGUUCUAUGAUGGUAAAUACAGAGCAUUCUCCCCAUCAGAUCCAUCCAUUGAUCUCGUAGUGCAGAAGAAGCUCCAGAGGAUCAGAGUGAAUCUGGACUGGAACAAAGGAAAGCUGUCAUUCUCUGAUCCUGAUACUAACACACACAUACACACCUUCACACACACUUUCACUGAGAGGAUGUUUCCAUAUAUUAACAAUUGGGAUGAUGAUGAGCUACCACUGAAGGUUUUACCAGUGAAGGUCUCUGUGACUGUAGGACAACAGAAAUAGAUGAUGAUGAUGGUGGUGAUGGUGGUGGU